GCUCCAGUGAAAGGUAUCCUCAACACCGCGACAGCAUCCCUUUCUCACCGCAUCGUCUCCCCGCAGCCACUGCCCAAGAUGGCUCCGACGACCCUCAAGCUGACCAACCGCUCUCCGAAGCAGCCCAUCAAGAAGCUGCCCGAGUCGAUCGAGCUUGGCCCCGAUGCCACCGUCGAGGAUGUCAAGAAGAUGAUUGCUAAGGAGGCCAGGAUCGGCGACUUCAACCGAGUCGGCCUCUACGACCCUUCCACCAAGAAGACGCUCAAGAACCGCCGGGCCCGUGUUGUCGACGAGGAGGGCGUUGCUUCUGCCGGUGAAGUCCUCGUCAAGGAUCUUGGCCCCCAGAUUAGCUGGCAGACUGUCUUCGUCAUCGAGUACCUCGGCCCUAUCCUCAUCCACGCCGCCGUCGUCGCCGCUCGCCCCUACCUGUACAAGAACGCUGAUGGCGACAUGUCGCAGACCCAGUGGCUCACGUUCGGCAUGAUUGUGCUGCACUUUGUCAAGCGCGAGUACGAGACGCUCUUCGUCCACAAGUUCUCCGCCAACACCAUGCCCUUCUUCAACGUCUUCAAGAACAGCUUCUUCUACUGGGCCAUCUCCGGCGCCCUGUGCGCCUACUUCAUCUACAGCCCCACGUCCCUCGCCGCCCAGGCCGACAUCCCCAUCAUUGAUGCUCUCGGUGCCGCACUGUACCUGUUUAGUGAGACUGGCAACGCCCUCGUCCACCGAUAUCUGUCUUCGCUCCGCUCCACUGGCGGCACCGAGCGCAAGAUCCCCGUGGGCUAUGGCUUCGGCCUCGUGACCUGCCCCAACUACAUGUUCGAGGUGCUGUCGUGGGUGGGUAUCAUCCUCGUCAGCCGUGACUGGACCGUUGCUCUCUUCAUCGCCAUUGGCGCUGCGCAGAUGUUCGACUGGGCCAAGGGCAAGGAGCGCGCCUACCGCAAGGAGUUUGGUGACAGCUACAAGAAGAAGCGAUUCGUCAUGCUGCCUGGCCUUCUGUAGAUCUCUUUCUGACCGCAGUUGUGAGUGGAGAACCUGUGAGAGGAAAAACAAAAGGCGGAAAGCCAGGCUUGGAAGCUUUGUUUGCGCUGGGCUACACGAGGGGGAAAGGUGGACAAUAAAACGGAGCAGCUUGUUGGCUCCAUAGAUCAAUGAAACAAAUGGAUU